AGGAGGGGACUCGCUCAGGAAGGGAGGGAGGGAUUGGAGGACAGAGUUGCGAGGCAAACCAGGAUCACAUGAGCACAGAUCUGUUUACAAACUGAAACUGUGCGGCCAGGAAAGACGCAGGCGCCUUCCUGGAGAAUAUUACUGGCUGGCUUGACUAGAACACAUCUUUAACCCCCAGAUGCUUGCGUUUUGGCUCGGAUAUUCGUUGAAUGAGCUAAGGGACUAUUGGGUUUUUUUGUCCACUUUCUUGAUGAAAGGAUUGAGGGAACAGAUGGUUUUAGGUGGAGAGAAAAUAUACUCCCCCACACAGGCGCACACAUAAACACUCCAGUGGCUUGAUGGUGGUGAAGAUACUGUUCUCUUCGAUCUCUAAACGGCUUUAUUCGAAAUAAAGGAAUAUACCUAAAAAAAAAACAGCGACGUCAAGGAAGAGGAGCUAGAAAAAUCGACAGAGAGAGAGAGACAUGCCAAAGUCUUUUGCAAUAAGGGUUUGAGGGAAGCCAAAGGCUGUAGAUGGAGGCUUGUAUGUUAUGGGUGUGUAGUGCUCGCUAAACCACCAUUCGCAGGACUUGUUAUUAAGAAAUGUGUUAACUUUUGUGUAUGACAGCAAAGAAGAUCACAUCCGAAGUGCCAUCCGGCCACAUACGGACUGGAUCUCAAAGACAAGAAGAAUAUCAAGGGCACAUUAUGCUCCCUUUGUCUGUGUAACAAAGCACCUUGUGCAUAUUCACAUCGGCGGAGACACAGAGUGCUUGAAAUCUUUUGUUCUUCGAUGCUGACAUCAUAAAAGUGGGAUGAAUGGAGGAAUAAUUGAACUAUAAUCAAGACAGCACACCCUGUCAUUUGAAGAGCUGCUUUUUAGACCCGUCUGACCUACAGGAAGAACGUCAGGAAAAUUGUCGGGAAUAAGCUUCGCUUGUGUCCUCCUCCAGCCCCCGCAUUGCCUGUUCCAGACAAGCACAUUAGUCACAGAAGUGGUAUUGCUGCUCAGGAUGUUGAAACCAGUUUGAAGAAGUCAAGGGGAACUAUUCGGAAAGGCUGCCUCUGUGGUCUAGGGCUGCAGCAUUCAGACUGUGAUAUGUCAGAGGAAGACAUCUACCGUCUGCCGCUCAACGUGUACGUCAUUGUACUGGGCAUAGGCAUGUUCAUCUUCAUGCUCAGUGUAAUCUUCUGCUGCUAUCUGUUCAGAUUGAAACAGCAAGGUACAAGGGAGCAGUACAGCUACAAUGAGGUGGUGUUGAAAGGCGCAGGAAAGAAGCUGAGUCUGCUGGGACAGCCCUGUGCCGUGUGUCUCGAGGAAUUCAAGACCAGAGAUGAGCUGGGCAUCUGCCCGUGUUCACACACCUUCCAUAAGAAGUGCCUGCUGAAAUGGCUAGAGAUCCGCAGCGUCUGCCCAAUGUGCAAUAAACCCAUCAUGCGUCUCCACAAUGCUGACGCCCCGCGAGGAGCCGAGGGGCUGCAAGACCCCGAGGAGGUGUGACCCCAGAAACUGUACGGCCCACGGCCAGAUUAACACCCUCUAGUUCUGCGAUUGUUGGUACAUAUCAUGUGACUUGCCAAGGCUCUCAAAAGCCAUCUAUAUGCACCGCCACAGCGGACCCGGAGAACGCGAGAAACCAGGACGACACUAGUGAUUCAGUACCAUAUUGCCAGUAGCCAAACAUAAGAAUAAUCUCCUAUAUAUCGUGCCACAAUAAUCUUUAAAGUAGUAUCGUGCCGAGGUUCUAAAGCGAGAGACACACCGUGCAUGCUGGGUAACGGACGUCAAAAUGAGAGGUAAAUAUCUCAGGAGUUUGCCUCAGGGGAUCUAACCAGGACAACAAAAGAAAACAUUAAACUUCUGCUGUCGAUGGACAGCCGUAUAUAUGUGGUAAUAGGGUUGUAGGUGUAGUGCACUGUCUGUUUGACCGGUACUACAGGUCUUCAUGAAGAUCCCGCGUAGUCCUUACAGAAAUAUGAAAUAUAUAAUCAGUAACCAGCAGUUCUUAUCC